GAAAUAUAAUAGAAUAUCCUGCAUGCACCAAGCUAUCAAUUUUAUGGCUUGCCAUCCUUCUUGAGGCUCUCCCAAAGAGGACCACCUAGCGAUCAUCAGCAUGAAGCUACUUUGGUGCGCCGUAGCAGCGCUGGCAUCGAGAUGCGCAUCCGAAGCAUUGCACCUUCAGCAAACAGUCUUGGAUCCAGCCCCAAUUCCAGCUGCAUCGGGUCAGGACCAGCUAUCCGACGUGAUUGCCGCAUCGCCUCUACUUUCACUUCACAGAGCUAUAUGCGAACUUGAGUCAGUCACGGAUGAUGAAUUGGCAGUCGGCAAGCUCGUCAUUUCUAUCCUGGAAGCUCACAACUUUACCGUCAAGACUCAGAGCGUGCCACUUCCAGGCGCGAACAACAGUACGAAAGACCGGCUCAAUAUCUACGCUUAUCCAGACGCUUCCAAGUAUGACAACGCACGAAUUGAGAGCAUCCCGAAGCCAAAAGUGCUCUUGAGCUCGCACAUCGACACCGUUCCGCCGCACAUCCCGUAUGCACUGUCGCAACCCAAGAAAUCGUCAUCGCGUAAGGACAUUUUGAUCUCGGGUCGUGGCACAGUCGAUGAUAAAGCUUGUGUGGCUGUCCAAAUUCAAGCUCUUCUGGAUUUGCUUGAGGACCCUGACACCAAGUUCGACCCCUCUGAGGUAGCAUUGCUGUUUGUGGUCGGCGAAGAAUCUCGCGGCGAUGGCAUGAAGCAUUUUUCCAACUCGAAGCUGUACAACGAAACCAAGGCAGACUACAAGGCGAUCUUAUUUGGUGAGCCUACGGAAGGAAAGCUCGCUACAGGUCACAAGGGUAUUACGAUGGUUUCUAUCAAGGCGCACGGCAAGGCAGCGCAUUCUGGAUACCCAUGGCUUGGUCGCAGCGCGAACAGCAUGAUUUUACCUGCACUGGUCGUACUGGACGGUCUAGGCGACAUCCCAGAGGACGUGGGCGGGUUGCCACGCAGCAAGAAAUAUGGCAGGAGUACAGUCAACGUCGGUUUGAUGCAGGGCGGUGUGGCAGGGAAUGUCGUCCCGGAGUAUGCUUCGGCGGAUGUGACGUUCAGAUUAGCGGGUGGAACGAUCGAGGAAGUCAAGGAGCUUGUGACAGAGGCAAUCCGCGAAGUAGAUCUAGAUGGGCUGUUGGAAUUGGAAUUUGCCCAAGGAUAUGGCCCAAUUUCGCUGGACGCGGACGUUGAUGGAUUCGACACGAUCACAGUGAAUUACGGGACAGAUAUACCCAAUUUGAAGGUUGCGAAGGGCGUGAAGAGAUAUCUGUAUGGACCGGGCAGUAUAUUAGUGGCACAUGGCAGAAAUGAGGGAUUGACGGUGGGCGAUCUGGAGGAUGCGCUGGAGGGGUACAAGAAGUUGGUGUUGCACGCAUUGAAGUUGUGAGUGAUAUCAAUCACCGGCUCUGUAGCGCCCCAAAUAGACCCAAGACAAAGUGGUAGGGGGAAAAAUUACUCAGGUACAGUGAUAGCUACCUGGUAGAAGACAAAGUGAGUGCAAUAGA